UAUCGCUAGUAUGUGAGAAGGAACGUUCAGUUGAGGAAUGGUACUCGGAAAGUUUUGGAAGAUUGCGUCUUGCGAGAGAUUGAAAGCUAGUUCUUGGUCGUCUUCUGCUUGAGAAGGACUUGCUCCGAACGCACUUGCCGCUGCUACAGCUCCCACCUUCUCAUCCACAACCGACGGCACCUCUACACCGCCUGCCAAGAUGGAGACGAACGGAAAGUGGCUGUGGAAGAUGACUUCGACGGAAGAGUAUUACGAGCCGUUCACCGUCAGCUACCAGCUCACCCUCGUCACGCGGGAACCUCUGCUUCAGGAACAGCUUGUCCGCGCUCUUCGUCACCUACACAGAAAGGUACCUCUCCUGCGGGCGUGUUACGGGGAGCGAGACGGAGAGACGUGGCUCAGGGAGAUGCAGGAUGAGAUCAUAGACUUCGAGAUGGUCCCAGGUGCCAAGUCGAAUGAGCUACAUCACAAACUCCACCAAUACGAGUUCAACAGAGAGACAGGUCCCUUGUGGUGCGUCAAGCUUCGCCCUGAACCUCACUCUUCACCAGAUGGCAUCUUUAGGGAGGGCGUGUCAGGAUAUCCUCACAUGUAUACACUGUUUUUGGGUGUCAAUCAUGCCAACACUGAUGGCACUUCCAACGCCAUGAUUUGCGGCUUCCUCGUCCAGCUUCUCGAUGACGUACUGGCAGGGAAACACAUCAAUGACGAGGAACAACUUGGGGUUUUCAUACCAGACGAAAAGACGAAAUCCUUGAUAAAAGAACAAGAAGCCGUUUUAAAAGCUGAUCCUGAACUAAAGAACAAGUUGUUGAACGACUACCAGGCUCUUAAGGAAAGGCGCUCGUACAUUAAUUCGGUUUUCAAGGGAGUCGGAGAGAAGGAAGGAAGGUCAGUCAUCUUGACACAGAACUUGGACGCAGAAACUACCACCGCCUUCAUCAAGCGUUGCCGUGCAGAGGGCGUCACCGUCAACUCUGGUUACACAGCGAUUGCCAGCCUUGCGAUGGUGGAUCUCCUGGUAGACGAGGGUUUUGAGAAGGACUCGUACAACAUCCGCAGCGCCCACGUCCUUAACGCCCGUCGCUACUGGAAGGAGGACACAUCGAAGUACCUUGGCUGUCACCUCCUGCCGUUCAUGAUAGCGGCGGUGGAGACGCCUCGGAACGCAGGGGAAGGCAUCUGGAGCUACGCGAAGUCCGUGCACGAGGAACUCCAGCGCAAAAUCACAAGCGGAACGCCUCUACGGGAGGAGGUAGUGAAAGAGCUCGUGCCCAAGAACCCAGACUUCGAUCCCUGGUUCGAGUUCGACUUCUGCGUCACCAACAUGGGCGACGUGACCAAGAAAGUGACGGAGGGCGGUGACCACGUGCAGGCCGUCCACAUCCUCAGAACAGCAGCUGUCCACGGCGUCCCUUCUCCGUCCAUACACUUCAUGCACACUUUCCGUGGUUGUCUCACGAACGCCCUGGUCUACAACACGUCGUUUCUCUCUUCUCAAAUGGCGGAAAAGUUUUCUGAAAGGAUUCUGUAUCAUCUUCAUGCAUCAAUAUAAAUAAAUGUAAUAUGCAAGUUUUAUCUGUAAUUUUAUGUUGACAGUAAAAGAUAUACGUAGAAUUUGCAGACGGGUAAAGUUAAUGAAAUGCGCUCGUAAAUAGAUUCACUUCAGUAUCACAGGUCUUGUGAUAUUGAAGUGAACCGUGAGAAACUGCAGCAUCUCUAUGAUACCCCUGGUUGUAAAAGACACAUUUUUUUUACGUAUAUUUGUUAUUGUAUCAUUCCAGUUUUCCAGUUUUCUUUUACUCGAGAGCACAACCCGUUCCUCUGGAUUUUAACCUAUUCAUUUUGUAGUUUAAAGAUUUCUUAAUUCAUAUUUAUCCCAAAAUUAGGUACGUAUACGUCAAUUUAAGUAAAAUGAAGGGAACUUAACAAGGGGGAAGAUACCACUAUCUAUCAACAUAACUAUAGUAUUGACCUUUUUAAGACACAGCAUCUCUCAGCCGUGUAGACCCGGCAUUGCAGUAGAGAAACGGUUCUUAUUCCAUUGAUCAUGAGAUUGCGACCGCGUACUUUGAAGAACCCUUCUCUAAGGCGCUAAAAUGUGCUCCUCUUUGCGGAUUUCAAGUAAUGUUAGUUUCUUCUUGAUUUUACAUUUUGAAUUUGUGUUUUGAGACGAUUUUCUGAAUUUUUAUUGUGUUUUUUUCUUUCUUUUUUAUUCAGUUUUUACAAAAAGUGAUUUAAAGUGGUCUUCAUAGCAAACUUCAAAGAUUUAUGUAUUUUUAUUAUAUUUUAGGAAGUUCCUAAUAGAUGUAAUCCAUAUUAGAUAUUUAAUGCUUAAGGUUAGCCAAUAUUCACUCCCUUAGUUUAAAAUGGAAAGCGAUUAAAAUAAGAUUAAUGUAUUAUAUGUCUUACUUAAAACAAUGAAUUAAAUUGAAAUAGUAAUGAUAUGACUUGUCCCAUAAGUUAAAAUAGUAAAUGUAAUUGUAGAAUAAGCCCUAUUAUAACAAGUAUUACAGAGGUGAUUCUAUUGUACUGACCAUUGUAUAAAAAAACGAGAAAAAUGAUUAAAAUCACUAUUUCUGAAAUACU